CAUUUUGAUUGAUGACGAGUAUCAAUAAUCACACGAUUAAUUAGCUUGCAUUUUGCAUUUAUAGUUUGCUUGUUGUCAAAUCAAAUGAAUCUUUAAAUCAUGCUUACUAAAUGUUUGUUGUUACUUGUGUUUGUCACUGCGGUGGCCUGUUUUCCAAAUGGAACUUUUACUGUUGACUACAAGAAUAAUCAGUUUCUCAAGAAUGGUCAGCCAUUUCGUUAUGUUUCUGGAUCGAUUCAUUACUUUCGAGUUCCACAACCGUAUUGGCAGGAUCGUCUUCACAAAAUGCGUCUAGGUGGUCUGAAUGCUAUACAAACCUAUGUUGAGUGGAGUUCGCAUGAACCGUCGCCUGGCCAUUAUGAUUUCGAAGGGCAAAAUAAUCUGGUCGAAUUCAUUAAUCUAGCUCAGAAGGAAGACCUGUUGGUCAUACUGCGAGUAGGUCCUUAUAUUUGCGCAGAACGUGAUAUGGGUGGUUUUCCAUAUUGGCUUCUACGGACGCCCAAUAUUAAACUACGAACAUCGGAUCCAAAUUAUCUGACACCAGUGGACCGUUGGCUUGAGAUUCUGUUACCAAAGAUAAGACCAUUGCUUUAUGAGAAUGGAGGUCCAAUCAUUAUGGUGCAGAUUGAGAAUGAAUAUGGCAGUUAUGGUUGUGAUCUCAACUACACGAGUCAUUUGCGUGACAAAUUCCGUGAAAUGUUAGGCCAUCAAGUGGUACUAUUCACCACCGAUGGCAAUGGUGAUGGAUAUCUUCGUUGUGGUCGAAUUCCUGAUGUGCUCACCACCAUUGAUUUUGGUUCAGGCACUAAUGUAACUGAAGCCAAAGCCAUAUUGUAUCGGCACCAGGAAUUUGGUCCGUUUGUCAACUCUGAGUAUUACAGUGGCUGGCUCGAUUAUUGGCAAAGUCCUUUCGUUCAAGUGGCCGUCAAUCCAUUUAUUCAGACAUUACAGCAAUUGCUCGAUCAUAACGCAUCGGUUAACAUAUACAUGUAUCAUGGUGGUACCAAUUUCGACUUUAAAGCUUCUGGUAAUGGUGGUAACAAUUAUCAACCAACAUUGACAAGCUAUGACUACGAUGCACCCAUCAAUGAAGCAGGCGACCUUACCGACAAAUAUUAUGCCAUUCAAAAACUCAUCAAACAGUACUUACCGGAUACAAUCGAUGAUAGAAAUGUGAAAAAUGUUAGCUCGAAAAUGUCACUUCCUCCCGUUAACAUGACCUUUUUGGCCACUAUAUUCGAUAUGCUACCAUGGUUUGUCAAAAUUCACAGCAAAUAUCCGUUAACGUUCGAACAAGCGAAUCAGGCCUAUGGUUUUAUAUUGUAUCAGACCAACAUAACAUUCCAGCCAACAAAUCCAGCCGUUCUGGCCAUUCCAGGACUUAGAGAUCGUGCCCACGUUUUCGUUGAUAGGAGAUUUGCCGGUAUUCUUUCUCGAACCCAAAAAUAUUUCGAUCUUUCCAUAUUGACUCAUAAUGGAUCCGAAUUGAGCAUUCUGGUCGAGAAUCAAGGCCGAUGUUCGUUUAGCUGUUUCAGCGAGCAAAGAGGCAUUAUUGGCAAUGUUACCAUCAACAAAAAACAUCUGCUUGUAAAUUGGACUAUUUACCGGAUACCGUUCCAGGAACAUUCGUUUACGGAGAUCAUUACACAGUUAUCUCAACCAAAGACGAAAUUUAGAUUCGCCUCCAGCCAUUAUCGAAUUCCCAGCAUUUAUUAUGCUAACUUUACCUUACCAAAUGUUCCAGAAUAUCCACUCGAUACAUUUCUACGAACAGACGGAUGGGGCAAAGGAAUAGCUGUUCUGAAUGGCCAUAAUUUGGGAAGAUAUUGGCCGGUGGCUGGACCUCAGAUCACCAUAUAUGCACCCGGACCUUACUUUAAUGAAGCGCCCGACUCAAAUCAAUUGUUUGUGUUUGAAUUGGACGAAAGCCCAUACUGGAAUGAUCCAAACAAUAGCUGUCAGGUUCAAUUUGUAAAACAACACAUUGUAAAUGGGGCAUAUGCCCAUUGACAUUGACAUGAAAGUGAAAACACGUUGUUAUUGAUAUAAACAAACAGAACACAUUGAAAAAGUGGAAUAAUAUAAUAUAAUAAUAAAUAAAUAAAUGAAUAUAUGAAUA